AUGCGCCCAAGGCUCCUGUACGAUAUCAAGUUUGUCGAGGAGGAGUACCUUACGCUUACAACUCUUGAACUGUUGCUUGAAUCUAUAUCCAAAGAAUUGCGGUGUAACAAUGGGCGAGCCAUCGUAUACUGUCCAACUCAAGAGAUGACAGAGGAUAUGGCAACCAAAAGUCCUCGUGAUCUUACCUGGACCCAAGCCAUGCAUUAUCAUGGGGGAAUAGAGGACGAUGAUAAGAAGGAGGCAUCGAAAUCAUGGCGCUCUGGUAGCCUAUGUAAGGUGAUGGUUGGCACAUCUGCAUUUGGAGCAGGUAUCGACUAUCCCAAUGUUCGGCUUGUGCUCCAUCUUUAUCGCUCUGGAAGUUUAAUCGACUACGUGCAAGAGGCUGGAAGAGCUGGAAGAGAUGGUUGUGAUGCUACAUGCGUUUUGUUGGCUGACCAAACAGACCUCGAGGGGACAUUGGCCACCAGUUCAUCGGGAGAUCGUAUUAACCAGGACAAGUCCCAGCAACCAAAAGUGGAAUUUGCCCGCUUUGCUUUAAGCGAUGGUUGCAUAAGAUUGAGAUUACAGCACCAAUUUGGCUGGUUGCGACAUUGCGAAACCUGGUAUUGCCCACCUAAGGCGGAUGAUAGUGGAUAG